AUGGUUCAAAAGAAAGACGGGGGAUGGAGGAUGUGUAUCGACUUUCAAGAUCUGAACAAAGCAUGUCCCAAGGACUGCUACCCCCUCCCAGAGAUAGACGUACAGGUGGACUCCUUGUCGCAAUACCCCCUGAAGUGCUUUUUGGAUGCCUACAAAGGGUACCAUCAAAUCCAGAUGUCAAUGGAAGAUGAGGAGAAGACCGCCUUCAUCACAGACGAAGGGACAUUUUGCUAUACCAAAAUGCCCUUCGUACUCAAGAACGCGGGAGCAACCUAUCAGAGGUUCAUGAAUGCCCUUUUCAGGGAACAGCGGGGACGAAACCUAGAGGUAUAUGUGGAUGACAUCGUCAUUAAAAGCCUAACUGAAACAGCUAUGAUAGAUGACAUAGCCGAGACCAUCCGAACCAUGCAAGACGUAAAUAUGAAAUUGAACCCUGGGAAGUGCUAUUUUGGGGUAGAAGAAGGGAAAUUCCUAGGGGUGGUGGUUACCAAAGGUGGAAUCAAAGCUAACCCAGAAAAAACCCAAGCCAUGGCCGAAAUAAGAUCUCCCAAGUCCCUAAAAGACAUCCAGCAGCUGAACGGAAGGCUAAUCGCAUUGAACCGUUUUUUAUCUAAAGUAGCCGACAGGACCCUCCCCUUCAUGAAAGUGCUGAAGGACUGCCUUCAAACAGACAGGUUUAAAUGGACCUCUGAAGCAGAGGCUGCUUUCCAAGAAAUGAAGACUUACAUCUCUCAACUCCCAACCCUAGCCACCCCAGUCCCUGGGGAACAUCUGCUCCUAUACCUAUCCGCCUCGAAGACAACCAUAAGUGCAGUUAUGAUGGUGGAACGGGAGGGAAAGCAGAUACCAAUAUACUUCAUCAGUAGAACACUUAAAGGUCCCGAGGAACGUUACAUGCCACUGGAGAAGUUAGCAUUGGCCCUUGUUUUUGCAUCCCGAAGGCUCAGAAGGUACUUCCAGGGACACAAGAUCACCUUGAUGACCGAUCCGCCCCUCGAAAAGGUGCUCAGAAGGCCGGAGCUGUCAGGACGAUUGGCUAAAUGGGCCGUGGAACUGGGAGAACAUUCCUUGGAGUUCAAAUCCAAGACAGCCAUGAAAGGACAAAUAUUGGCCGAUUUUUUAGCAGAAGUUCUGGAGGAUGAAGAAAAAGAACUCCUAAAAUGGGAAGCCUUUGAAAGAAAAGAAAAAGAGGAGGAAGACAAGGUUGUAUGGAAGAUAUUCACAGAUGGAGCCUCCAGUGAAGAAGGGAGUGGAGCAGGCAUUACCUUGAUAAGUCCUGAAGGGGUUGAGUUAACUUAUGCCAUAAGACUAGACUUCAAAAACACCAACAAUACCGCGGAAUAUGAAGCCCUUUUAGCAGGGAUGAAGCUGGCAAGAAAGAUGAAAGCAAAGCACGUAGAAGCUAGCACCGACUCCCAACUAGUGGUCAAACAAUAUCAAGGAGAGUACGAAGCCAAAGACAGCACCAUGGCUCAGUAUGUAGCAAAAGUAAAAGAAAUGGCUGAAGCAUUCAAAACCUUCGAGCUAAAAUACAUCCCCCGCGGGAGAAACAGAAAGUCUGACGCCCUCAGUAAGUUGGCCUCGGUAGCAUUUGAUCACCUGGCAAGAGAAGUCAAAGUAGAAGUCCUGACCUCCCCCUCCCUCGGCACAGAGGAGGUGGCUGCGGUUGAAAAUGCACAAGAAACAUGGAUGACACCAAUUGUAAAGUUCCUCAGAGACGGGACUUUACCCGAGGGGGAUUGGGCAGCCAGAAAAGUGAGGGUCAAGGCCUUGCAAUAUGAGUUGAUUGAUGGGGAGCUGUAUCGAAGAUCAUACCUGGGCCCGUCCCUGAAAUGCGUUGACAUGCAAGAGGCUGAGUAUGUGAUUAGGGAAAUACAUGAAGGGAUUAGUGGAAUGCAUUCGGGGCCAAGGACGGUAGUAGCAAAGGCAAUGAAUGCGGGGUUCUAUUGGCCUCGAAUGUACAAGACAGCUUCCGAGGAGAUUAAGAAAUGUGACAAUUGCCAGGUACAUGCACCUAUGACUCAUCGACACAAGCAUCCAAUGAUAUCCGUCUCAACAUCCUGGCCCUUCCAAAAGUGGUCCAUCGACAUAAUAGGGCCAUUCCCAGAGGGCCCAGGAGGGGUCAAGUAUGUGGUGGUCGCCAUCGAUUAUUUUACUAAGUGGAUAGAAGCAAGACCCUUAGCAAAAAUAACCAGAGAACAGAUGAGGCGAUUUGUGCUAGACAACAUCAUCUGUAGAUACGGGGUCCCAAAGGAGUUGGUAAGUGACAACGGCGUCCAAUUUGCUGGAAGGCCCUUCAGACCCUGGUGUGAACAGAUGCAUAUACAACAGGUGUUUACUUCCGUCACCCACGCUCAAAGCAAUGGAUUGGUAGAAAGAGCCAAUCAAAGUGUUAUCAAGGGAAUGAAAGGAAGACUCGGGAGGAAGCAAAAAGGAUGGCUGGAAGAACUACCAUUUGUGUUAUGGGCAUAUAGGACCACUCCUAAAGAUUGCAACGGGGAGACUCCUUUCAGUUUAACUUACGGAACGGAGGCUGUCAUCCCGGCUAAAAUAGGAUCCCCAACUGCCCGAAUGAAGCUCAGGGAGGAGGAGAACGAGCAGGACCUCCGGAUGAAUCUGAACCUUUUGGAGGAAAGGAGAGAAGUAGCAGAAUCAGGGAGGCCAAGUACAAAAAAACAGUUGGAAAGCUAUUACAACGCCAAGAUGAAAAAGCUCAGCCUCAUCCCGGGGGAUUUGGUCCUAAGAGCAAACGAAGCCAGCCUACAGGAGAACACCGGAAAGCUAGGCCCCAACUGGGAGGGGUCUUACCGAGUCAUAUGGGCAAACGGCAAAGGAAGCUGCAAAUUGGAAACACUCUAA